GGUACGUAAUCUACAAGCUCUUCCUUCCCAAUCGUGAUCCUGGAAUUGACCUCUUCCGACUUCCGAUUGUGCUCACAUUGCUCUUGAUCCUUCUAUCAGCGGUCCCAAGAAGAAGAAGAGGCAGCAACCAUGAAGCUCGAGCUGUCCAUAUACGCAAGAGGGCUCAAGAAUGUGGCAGGCUUUGGCAAGGGAACGUCAGAUCCUUUUGCGAUUGUCACAAGGCUGUCUGUUAACGAAAACGAAAAGCCCGAAGUUAUUGGAAAGACGGAAGUUGUCAAGAACAAUCUAAGCCCCGACUUUGUCAAAGUCUUCAAGCUCGAAUACGGACUUGGAACUCCACAGAGGAUAGCCAUUAAUCUGUUUGAUGAAGUACGCAAAAAGACCAACAUUGGCAUGGGAUCCGCCGUUUUUGAUGUGGGUGAAUUGCUCGGUGCACGUGGGAACACACAAAUCAAAAAGUUGAAAAAAGGAGGACAGUUGGCGGCGACUGUACGCAAAUCGGAGGGAUCUGGAAUUCUGCGGCUCAAAAUGAGAGGUGAAAAACUCAAGAAUACAGAAGGAAUGUUUGGUAAAUCGGAUCCCUUUUUUGAGUUGAGCCGGAAGGUUGCCUCCACAGGAGGGCAAACUUGGGACAACGUCUACCGUUCGGCCCACAUCAAAAACAAUCUGAAUCCGGUUUGGGAUGAAGCAACGGUAGAAUUGAGUGUCCUGUGUGGAGGGAAUUUAGAUCAUCCCUUAUCAAUCACUGUCUACGACCACGAAAAAUCCGGUAAGCACGUUCUCAUGGGGCACGCCGAAACCAGUGUCAAUGGCUUGUUGCAAGCAUACAAAAAUGGGGCAGCGCGACCAAUGCAGCUCUCCAAAAAAGGAAAAACUACAGGCAGCUUGAUUAUCACAAAGGCUGAAACGGAGGGUAUUAUGGAUGAACCUCCUACAGCGCAAAUGGCAGCAACCAGCAUUAGUCCCACAGCGCCAGUCAUGUCCGUGCCAGUUACCACGGCUACUGCCACCGGAGUGGCUGUGGGAUCCGCCGCACGAUCCUUUGCUUCGGCUCCGCAAUCCACGAGCAAACAAGGAUUGUUUGUCGAUUACGUCAGUGGAGGAUGCGAAUUGAACGUUUGUGUGGCGAUUGACUUUACGGGAAGCAACGGAGACCCGAGAAAGGCGGGAACAUUGCAUCAUAUGUACCCCGGCGAAAGGAAUUCGUAUCAAAAGGCCAUUGCAGCCAUUGUAUCCAUUCUUUUGCAGUACGACAGCGACAAAAAGAUCCCGGUGUACGGAUUUGGAGCAAAGUAUAAUGGAGUUGUCCGCCAUUGCUUUCAAUGUGGCGCAUUUCCAGAGGCCGAUGGCCUGAAGGGGAUUAUGGAUGCAUACGAGUCUACAUUCUCUUCGGGGCUCAUCAUGAGCCGCCCCACGGUUUUCAAUGAGGUUCUGAAAACUGCUGCCGCAAAAACCGACAAACUGUUUGAAGACGCAUUAAAGCGGGGAGGACAGUCGUACACUAUUCUACUUAUUGUGACGGAUGGGGCCGUGUCAGAUGUGAAUGCUACAGCUGAGUGUUUGAAAGAAGUAAGCAGCAGUCCCAUGAGUGUCGUCAUUGUGGGUGUGGGAAAUGCCGAUUUCAGAGCCAUGCAAUUUCUGGAUGAUUUCGCUCAGAGUUCUGGGACCAGAGAUAUUGCCCAGUUCGUGGCAUUCAAUGAGCACUCUCAUUCAAGUCAAUCUCUGACAAAGGCAACACUAGAGGAGAUCCCGGAGCAAAUGGUUGGGUAUUUCCAAGCCAGAGAGAUUGACCCUCUCCCCCCGAUUGUUCGAAGCGAGGACAGCAUGUCGAACAUUGACUCUAUGGAAGCCGAGGAAGAAAUCGACUUGAGCUUAGAUAUCAACGAAGAAGAAAUUGUUAUCACAGGGGGCGGUGAUAACUUUAUCAACGGAUUCGAUGCCAAGUAGUGUUGCCAUGGCGGUUUUGCUCGAGGUCAAGAAGCAAGCCGUGAAGCGACAAAUGGCUCUGUGGGGCUCUGCCUCGUUGUAGUAGUAUUGUGUAGAUGUUCGUAAGCUGGUAGCUGGUGAAUUCUUUAGCUAGCUGGUUAGAUAGUAAAGCUUAAUUAAGACCAGGACCAUGUUGAGUGUGAC